GAGGGGUUGUUAGAGACCUAUUUGGAAGCAGAAACAGGAGUUAAGAGUAGGAUAGAUACAUCCAAAUCAUUUCGACUGCUAUGAAGGGACGACAUCAGUUUCGACGAAGAUUUAGUUUACAACCAUCUUUUCUAAAAGAAGAGCCUGAAGAUGACCACGGUAGCAGGGGUCAUAAGACAACGGAAGAGUUAUCUGAAGCGGACGAGAAAGGUGACACAAUAAGCCCUACUAGUACAAGCGUGCGCCACAAAAUCGUGGUUCUCGGAGGAGCCAAAGUUGGAAAGUCUUCCCUAAUCACCCAGUUCCUCUACAAUUCAUUUUCGCCAAAAUAUAAACGUACAAUAGAAGAAAUGCAUCAAGGAAACUUCACAGUCAACGGCGUGCAACUCACCUUGGACAUCCUGGACACUUCAGGGGCUUACGAAUUCCCAGCCAUGAGGGCCCUGUCCAUAUCGUCGGCGGACGCGUUCAUACUGGUUUAUGAUGUCAAUGAUGCCGCCACAUUUGAAGAAGUUAGGGCGCUACGAGAUCAAAUACACGAAAUUAAGGGAAGCACAGCCGUACCGAUCGUCGUUGUGGGAAAUAAAACCGAUCUUGUCGGGGAAAGACAGGUAGACACCGCCAUGACAGAAUCGGUAGUGACCGUAGAUUGGGAAAAUGGGUUCGUUGAGACGUCGGCGAAAGAAAAUCUAAACGUUUCAAAGGUUUUCAAAGAACUGCUGAGCCAGGCCAAAGUCAAGUAUAACCUGAGUCCUGCCCUGCGUAGGCGCCGUCGCCAGUCCUUACCGUCNUUGAAUUCGUCUUAA